CCUUCGAACGCCUCUUUACAACAAGAUCCUCCAAAGGAAACGAAAGAUGAGCGACGCAGCCGAUGCCCGCAAUUGGCUGGAACUGCCGCCGGACGUGACGGCGUCGAUUCUCUCUCGGUUAGGUGCGAUCGAGAUCCUUAGCAGCGCCCAAGACGUGUGUUCUCAGUGGCGAAAAAUCUGCAAAGACCCAUCUAUGUGGAGAUCCAUUGAUAUGCGCAACUUGGGUGAAUGGGACAAGGACUAUGUCCACGAGAAGAUGUGCUUCCACGCCGUCGAUCACAGCUGCGGCCACUUGCUUGAUAUCAAUAUCGAAUAUUUUGGUACCGAUGAUCUUCUGCUUUAUAUCGCUGAGCGGUCUGUUCAUCUGAAGCGUCUUCGACUUUUUUCAUGCUUUGGCAUUUCAGAUGAAGGAUUAAGCAAAGCAGCUUUAAAGCUUCCGUUUCUGGAAGAGCUUGAAAUUUUCAUAGGUCCCAUUUCGAAACAUGCUGUGGAAACUAUUGGUCGUAGUUGCCCUCACUUGAAAUCAUUCAAAUACAAUCUUCAGCGAUGCAAAGGCUAUGUCUGUGAUGAUGAGGCACUAGCUAUUGCACAAACUAUGCCUGAACUACGCCAUCUCCAACUUUUGGGGAAUGGGUUGACAAAUGAAGGCCUGCAGGCCAUUCUUGACGGUUGUCCUCACCUGGAAUAUCUCGAUUUGCGACAAUGCUUCAGUGUUCGUCUGGUGGGGAACUUGGAGAAAAGGUGUGUUGAACGCAUAAAAAACUUGAGGCACCCUUCUGAUCCAACCCACGAUUUUAAGUUCGUUACAGAGGAUCUUGAUACCUGGUACAACCCCUCUGAUUAUGAUGAUUAUGAUGAAUAUGACUGAUGCCAUGGAGUAGGGGACUACUCCUUCAGUGUCCAGAGUAGGGAAUCAGGAUAUAAAGUGGACUGCCUUAUUUUCUGUGUGUUUGUGUCGAUUACUCCACUUUUGUAGUUUUAUACAUUUCGACAGUUUUAGUUUGAAUUAACAUUUUUCAAUUUUAAUUGAAGAAAAUUAAUUAAGCUUGCAA